GUUGCAGAUAUUUUUCAAAAACAUCUGACAUCUCAGAGGUAAAGUGAACGAAAGUGGACACUUAACAAGAACGAAAAGCUAUUUGUACAGUUGUUUGAUAUAAAGAAAAAUAAAUAAUUCAUGCAUAAUUUCUCUUCGACGAUCCAGAAAAACAGUAUUUAAUGAAUACCACCCACACAACAUCAAUGGAAUAUUUAAAUCAACUACCCGAAGCUUCCGAUCGACCCAUUGAAGCCAUUGAGAACGAUCGGGCUAGGAAAAAACCUCACGGUUGCUCUAUCUGCGGUAGAAGCUUCAGUUUCAAAAGUCACCUAACAGAACACUUUCGCAUUCAUACCGGAGAAAAACCCUCCAAAUGUGACUACUGUGGAAUGCGCUCCUAUACUGAACGCAGUCUUAAAAAACAUGUGCGACGACACACCGGUGAGCGGCCACAUGUUUGCGGAGAGUGUGGUAAAGGAUUCUUUCGCAAAGACCAAUUAACGGACCAUGAGAAAUGGCAUGAUAAACCCAAUCAGACCACCGAAAAAGACCUGUCUAGCAUAAAACUUCACGAUUGCGAUAUCUGUGGCAAAAGUUUUAGAUGUAAAAGUCACCUCAUGGUACACGUCCGCACUCAUACGGGAGAAAAACCCUUCGAAUGUGACCACUGUGGAAUGAAGUUCGUAGAUAACAGCAGGCUUAAUAUACAUGUGCGACAGCACACCGGCAAGCGGCCAUAUAUUUGCGAGGAGUGCGGUAAAGGGUUUCUGUUCAGGAGCCGAUUAACGAUCCACAAGAAAUGGCACAUCGACAAAAAACCUUUCAAGUGCGAUGUGUGUGGUCGAGGGUUAUCACAUCAAUCUGCACUCGCAGCCCACAAACGUAUUCACACAAAUCGAAAAGAGUACGAAUGUGACCUCUGCGGUAAACGAUUCAAUAAUAAGAGUUGUUUAAUCCAGCACAGUCGUAUACACACCGAAAAAAGACCGAAGUUCAAAUGCGAUUUGUGUGAGAAAUCGUUUUCAACACGCUUCGCGGCAAAACAGCAUCGACAGAUCCAUACCGGUGAGAAACCACACAAAUGCGAUGAAUGCGACAAACAAUUCAUUACUAGAAGCAAUUUAAACCAACAUAAACGAACUCACACCGGAGAACGGCCGUACGGAUGCCCAUUCUGCGGUAAGAUGUUUACCGGAAGUACCAGUUUGACGCGUCAUAUACGCAUCCACACGGGAGAAAGACCGUACAAAUGUGACAUCUGUGGAAAGGACUUUAUUGACAACUGUACAAUGGAAAAACAUCGACGCAUUCAUACGGGUGAGAAACCGUAGCAGUGAAAGGUAUGAGGAAAACGAUUUCACACCAGUAGCAAUCUAAUUAAGGACACUUCGGUUCAUGAAAAAACAAAAAUUAAUCCACGAAGCGGUAUGACCUCUAUUAUAUGAUAAGAUCAACACUAACACUCCUAUUCUCAGAAAGAAACAUUUCAAUGUGAUAGUCACUACGCCUUUUUUACUCAAAAUAUUAUUUGGCGUACAGCACUUGAGUGUACUGAAUACCUAAUACGAAAAAGUGAAAUUCUGUUACUCAGUUGAUCGUAAUGAUAUCGAUGUCUUCGUUUCUCAGGUGUAAGCAAAACAAAGCCUUGGUGCUACAUUCCGAUUUGAAACUUGACCUUCUGUUCAGUGCCUUAGAAUAUCGAUGUUUAUUCACGAGUAGAUGCAUUGAAUUGUUCUCAGUGUCAGCACAUUUAUUUUCUGAUGCAACUCAGUAACCUAUGCUCAUUGCGAAGUUGCAUGAAUAUCGUUUAUCAUAUCCAAUAACACAACAGUGGAAUGAAUAUCAUAGGCCUCGUCAUGAUAUUCAGAGAAGCUUCGGUGAUUAUCAAUCCAAGUAGUAAAAGUCUGUCUAGACGCUGUACACCUCGUACAGUAUAAAUUGUGGAAUUAGGUAAUUUUGAUAUUCACUAUUCAAAAAUGAUUUUCAUUUUUGACGAUCUAAAUAUUAACACGAGUGUCACGGUUUAUCCUGUCGGUGUUUAUCGGUUGCCUAGUAUCAUGAACAUCAUCGUUCGCAUGGGUCAAUAUAAAGAGGGCUGAAAAUCGCUGCUUUUGAAUAUCAUGACAGUGAAUAUUCCCAGCACUGCUUCUGUUUAUUAUACACAGACUUCGCAGUUAACUGUUUAGUGUGCAGGACAAUUGCGGGGCUAGCGCUACGAUCCUAAAGGCCUAGAGUUAAAGUUUGGCCGACGAUUUCCGUCGAUCUGGCAGCCAUUCUAAAAUUUCAAAGAACCAGCAACAUUGCAAAAAAUAAAAGUCAUUACAUGACUACUCGUAUUUUCAGUUUCAUAGUUUUUUGUUUCAGUUUGUUUAGUUGUGAAAAAAAAAAGAAGUACUGUUUUCUAUUCUGUUCAAAUCGACCAUCACGUAAUUUUGAAAGCAUAAGCUAUUUUCGAUUCCCCACUAAUAAAAAUUAUCGCCGAAAAUGGCUGAAAAUGUUAAUUACCGGAGGAUUUUUUAAUAACAGAAACGACAAGUCUCUGUAGCGUAAGUUUGGCGUUUUGAAAAUAUCAAUCCGAAUAAAAAAAAUGUUUUGCAGUUCCACUUUAACCACGAUGAUUUAUGCUUCGCGUCGGAGAAUGGAAAAGCACUAAAAGUUACCGGGACCUAUGUAUGAGUUUGUGGCUCAUUGAGACACCGGGUAAUAUGUCGAUUGAUUACGCUCACUCCAAACAAGCUACCCAAUGUCCGUUGAAAAUUCCAUGUAUCACCAACAGCCGCAGUAACUCAGAAUCUCAUCCAGUUGUCAACAGUGAGGAAAAACAGAAUUAAAAAUUAAUCAGAAGCAAAGAUCAGAAACAAUAGAAAGAAGGUCUAUGGCGUUAUGAUUUUUGUAACCAUUUAAAAAAUAAAAUAUCGUUAAGAUUUUUGGAAUUCAA